AUGCCAUUUAAACGUACUAAACCAGGUGUAGAAGCAGAACAUUAUAUAACAACUGGUAGAAGAGCAACAAUUCUUGGUCCUUCGUCAUAUUCUGGAUUUGAUGCUUCUUUAUCUAAUAAAAUUCUACGCAGUACUGAUUCAACAUUACCAGUUCAAUUGAAUGUUCUUACGUAUGAUGAAAAUUCAUUUACGGAAGGAAAAUAUCAAAAUGUUGCAGAAAUUCCAAUUGCACCAUUGGCACCAAUAACAUCAAUUACAUGGAUUGAUGUUGAUGGUAUACAUGUUCAAGAGAUUAUAUCUGCAAUAGGUGAUCGUUAUGAUAUUCAUACAUUAGUUCAAGCAGACAUAACAAAUGACCAACGAACAAAAUUAGAUGUUUUGGAUGAUGCAUUAUUUCUUGUAUGUAAACUCAUAUUUCGUGAUAUGGAUCAUACAGGUCAAAUAAUUAUUCAACAAAUUAGUUUUUAUGUGAAAGAUAAUCUGCUUAUUACAUUUCAAGAAACACCAAAAGAUUUGUUUGAUUCAGUUAAAAGUCGUAUUCGACAAGGAAAAGGUCGUUUUAGGCAAUCUAAAGUUGAUUAUCUUUUCUAUUCACUUCUUGAUGUUAUUGUUGAUCAUUAUAUGAAUGUUCUUGACACGAUGGGUACGAAAGUUGAAUCAAUUGAUAAUCAAUUAAUGAAAACAUUAAAACGUGAUACACUGGAAUCUAUAUAUGAUAUGAAACGUGAUAUGUUACAAUUACGUUCAAUGAUUUCUCCAUUAAAAGAAAUAAUUAUUAAAUUACAAAAAGAAGAAGAAACACAAAUCAUACAAGAAAGUACAAAUAUUUAUUUAAAAGAUUUAUUUGAUCAUGUUAUACAAGUUAAUGAUUCAAUUGAUACAUAUAGAGAAAUGUUAGCAUCAUUUAUUGAUUUUCAUAUGAUGUUAAAUGCGAAUGGUAUGAAUCAGGUUGUCAAAACAUUAACAAUGUUAUCAACAAUUUUUAUACCAUUAACAUUUAUUAGUUCAGUUUAUGGCAUGAAUUUUGAUAAUAUGCCUGAACUUAGAUAUAAAUAUGCUUAUUAUAUCGUACUGUCUUGCAUGGCUGCAUUAGCAAUUUUAAUGCUUGUAUGUUUUAAACGCAAACGUUGGUUUUAA